GACAGCAGCAGAACUGUUGGUCACCUCGAGAGUAACGAAACACGAUAAAAGAAACAGAAGCUCUGCCAGUUUCUGAAAGCCGGGUUUCUCCAAAAUGAAUGGUGAAGUUGUGAUCAUGCCCCUUGCAGUUGCUGCUCUUUGGAAGAUAUUUUUCGUUUCUCACGUCUUUGCGCAAGAAAAGUGUAGAAUUUUGGAGUUUGUUCAACCCGAGGAAGACAAUUACCUCGAAAAUCAUGUCAUUAAGUCCUUUCUGGUUGAUAACAAAGAUCAGUGUGAAGUGAGGUGUUAUGCUGAGGACUCCUGUUUAUCCUUCAAUCUUGGAAUCUCAGAGACCAAGGGCAAAUUUAAAUGUGAACUCAGCGACUCCGAUCACUUCCAACAUCCUGAACAUCUCAUUUGUAGGGAAGGCUUCUCCUAUCAUCCAACCAUGAAGUUAUGUGGCACUUCUCCCUGUCCCCCAGCUGCUUCAUGUGUACCCGAUAUUCACGGAAAACUCCGCUGCGUUUGUCCUGCUAGUUGGACUCGAACUGAAAGCUGCGAAAGAGAUGAGGACGAAUGUUCCUCUGGAUCGCAUGGCUGUUCAGCGGACGCUUACUGCAACGACACUGUGGGCUCAUUUACCUGCACUUGUAAAGCUGGAUUUUCAGGAGAUGGCAAAGAGUGCAAUAAUGAGGACGAAUGUUCCUUUGGAACGCAUAACUGCUCUGCGGACGCGUACUGCAACGACACUGUGGGCUCAUUUACUUGCACUUGUAAAGCUGGAUUUUCGGGAGAUGGCAAGGAGUGUAGUAAUAUCAAUGAAUGUGAAACCGGAAGUGCCGAAUGUCACGUGAAUGCCACUUGCAACGACAUUAUUGGGAGCUACAUAUGUAAAUGUAGGGACAAUGUGGUCGGAGAUGGAUUCUUAUGCGUGGGAUUCCCUUUUCAUUUUGCACUCAACGGGUCUGAUCCAAAUAUAAGUUUGUACAUUGGUGCUUCAUAUCGAAAUGUUGAUGGCAGGACAGUACUGUACUUGAAUGGAACCCAGCGUGCCUACGCAGAAACCCCAGCACUCCCGAUCCGAGCUAUCAGCUUUAGUAUCAUGUGUUGGAUUAAGGCUUUAAGUUCUCCAAGUCAUCCCUCUGUACAUCAUAUCUAUUCUGACUGGUCAGAACCACAUCAGUUCAGAAUCUAUAUUUCUGAAUCUCGAGAAAUUUGUGUUAAUCUUCGGGAUCCUCAAAGACGUGAUAUGAUUGAUUACUGUCACCGAGAAAUCAUCCCCAAUAAAUGGAUGCACGUGGCUUUCACUUGGAGCCGAGAUAGAAAAGAGGGAAUUCUGUACAUAAAUGGAAUUGGAAAUGGUAAGAAGAGAAGUUCUAAUGUUCAUUCGGACUUGAUCAAAAAUGAACAUAAAGUUUUCGACAUUGGGCUGAAACGAGAUAGCAUGGAUUAUCCGACUUUUAAUGGGUACAUGAGAGAUCUUCUGGUUGUUAAUAAAGCGCUAUCUGAAGAUGAAGUGAAGCACUUAAUAGAUAUACUUUGAGGGAGAGCACUUGGCGUGAGGACCCCAAGGAGACUGCGGCAGCACGGGGCAACAGAACUUUCUAGGUGCUGAGAUGUUUGGCCAUUACAGAUCGCUUGAAAUGAAAUCUUCAGGAGGUGUGAUGCUUUCUCGUUAUGAAAAUGGAAAGUGCAGAUUAGCUUGAACGUAACAAUCUUUUAAAGAAAACGAUCCCUUGGAUAUCAUUACGUGGACAAGAAAACAAAGAGGCAUAAAACUCCUUCGACAAGCCCUAAGGCGGAAACCAAAACAGGUGGAAUGGAAAACGUGGAGCGAGUCGAGCGGAAGAAUUUAUUUUAAGUUGAAGCUGCUAUACGGUACAGGCUUCAUUUUUUUAAUCUCUGAUAAUGCGUGACUCACACGUAGUUUUAUCUGUCUUGACUGCGAGAAAAAUCGCUCAUUCGUCAGUGACCAUGUACUUCUGCUUAAAAGAAUUUCAACGAAUUAUCUAUAACCGUAUCUAAUUGGCUAACUUCGGGUUUUUAUGCAGCGUCAAAGAAACGCUUAAUGACAGUAAGUUCUAAAUUUUCGGUCCACCUUUCGAAUGCUAAUAAUAAUUAAUUCAGAGCACGAAGAGAUUAUAAACUAUCUCUUGUUCAUCGACACACAGAGGCAUAAUUCAACAAAAAUUCGCACCUUUUUGCUUAUCAUUACUAGCUUAUCAUUGAUGUUUUCAUUUUCUCCUAAA